AUGAUAUACCCACAAAAAAGAUUGGAGUUAAUAUCCAAACUUAACCAACUGAAACAUCAAGAGAAAUUUCAAUUAGCCCUUGAUAUUUGGAAAAACAUCUCUGAACAAGAUCCAACAUUUAAGGCAUAUCUGAACGGUAUUGUAGAAAGUACUGAUCCUUAUCAAGUAUUGAGGGAUUUUGUCAACUCGUAUUUGGAAAAUGGUGUUGAUAUUGGUGAUGCUGACAUUAGUGAUAUAUCAGAUGAAGAAAUGAUGGCAACAUCAUUUCUUAACGAAGAUCCAAACCUCUUCGAUCCUAUUCAGAGGUAA